AUGAAGUUCGAUCUGGGUUUUGUCUUGCUUGCAAUCACGACUGUGUCCAUGGCUGCUAGCAUUCCUGAUACCAACUCUACUACCCUCCAGAAGAGAGGAUCCACCUCCCCUGGUUGCGCUGAGCCCGAUGACCACGGCAACAGAUAUCGCUGGGCUUCUUGCACCAAGGAUUUUCUGUCCAAGUCCGGCACGCCCAACACAGACGAGUACACUGAAGGGGGCUACUGGUGCUGGCUCAGCUGGCAGGGAAAUCAGCGUACGGCAUGCAACGAUGGAAACGCUGGUCCAUUACAGGACGACGUUCUUUGCCUUGGACACAGUCUUGAUGUUAAGAAUACCGUCCAGAACAUGCACGGAGGCUGCACACAGUGA